AUGGAGAUACAUGUCCAGUCCCUCAAAAUUGCUCAUCAACAUAAUAUGGUUGAAGAAGACUACUCUCAAGCCAUGCUGCUAGAAUUGGAAGGAUUGGAUACAAGCAUGAUUGAUACCCUCAACAAAGUCUUAGUAGGGAAACAGACUGUGUCAAGGGCCUACAAUAAAAGAGUCAAGGACAAGAGUGAACAAGGAGAGAUAUUCCUUGGGAUGGGGGCAUACAGGUUGCAAGAUCGAGAUGGAGAAGUACAUAAUGCCCCAAUCAAUGGCAAGUGGUUGAAGAAGUUUUAUCCAAAUAUGUGGGAUUCACAGGCUGUACAGACAGAUCCUAGGAUAGAGAAGGAACAAGACUGA